GCCGCGUUAAUCAUCACAGGAACACGUCUCAACGAAGAGCUGUGUUGAGAUCUUAAAGAGUCUGAACAUACGGAUCUAAUUUGGAGGGCGAUGUGUACUAAGUGUUCUUGUGUUUUCACCAUGACUCAGCAUUUCCUCCUCAAGUCUGUACUCUCUGUGCUACAAUGCCACAGUGUGUACAGACCUGUAAACAGAUAACUGACUUAACAAAACUAGUUUUAGUCGAUGCUGCAUCUUAUUUUCACCAAAUAAUCAAAUCUGAAUAUGCUGAGCCAAUCUAUCAAAACUGUGUUGCUGUUGUUUUUAAAUGGUUGUUGUUGUAGAAGAGAAGAAGCUUGACUAUGAAUGAGAGAAAACAUGAACACAAAAAAACAAUAAGAUCAGACAAAAACACGACCGGAGGUUGUUUGUCACACAGACAGGUUUAUAGUGACCAUCUGACCUGCAGGGAGCUCAUAUAGAUGGAGUGGUUGGGGGGGUGGGGGCACCACCAGCACACAUGCUAUGAUGUAACAACGUCAUGGCAGUAUUUAAAGAGGCGGCUCUCUUCCCCACACUACUGCAUCCUGUCCGUUAACUGAUUCAUUGGGACACUGAGGCGUGGAGAGGCAUUUCACCGGGCAUUUUUACCUUCCAUCAAUCAAGUCACGGAGUAUGAUUUUAAGGCUCGUCGUUUCUAGAAAAUCUUCUAUGGAAAAACAAGAAAAGCAAUUUAUAGCUGGGACAAAAUUCAGCCAGAGGGACGCCUUUAGAGAAUCCUGAUCUCUAAUGUUUCUGUCCUAAACUGCCUCGAUAAAGAUUUCGGAGGAGCUUUUUGUCCCGUCCUAAAUGAGCCACUGUUCAAAUCCUUAUUGAUCCACAUUGAUCAAAAUAAUUUUGGAAAAAUGGUUGGAUUUGGACCUGCAGAUGUGCCUCCAUCGGCAGCGGUGAAGUUUGUAGGAGCAGGAACUGCAGCCUGCAUCGCUGACCUGCUCACCUUUCCCCUGGACACAGCCAAAGUGCGGCUGCAGAUCCAAGGAGAGGCCAGAGCUUCAGCAGCUCCGGGGAAACCGUCUGCGGUGAAGUAUCGAGGAGUGUUUGGCACCAUCACCACCAUGGUGCGCACAGAGGGACCCAGGAGUCUUUACAGCGGACUGGUGGCAGGACUCCAGAGGCAGAUGAGCUUUGCGUCUGUCCGCAUUGGCCUCUACGACUCUGUGAAACAGUUCUACACAAAAGGCUCUGACCAUGUUGGCAUCAGCAGUCGGCUGCUUGCAGGAUGUACCACUGGUGCCAUGGCGGUUGCGUUUGCUCAGCCUACAGAUGUGGUGAAAGUCCGUUUUCAGGCACAGGCCAGGUCUCUUGGGCAUGCAAGACGCUACUGUGGCACCAUUGAUGCUUACAAGACCAUUGCUAAGGAAGAAGGCAUUCGUGGGCUGUGGAAAGGUACAGCUCCUAACAUUGCACGAAACGCAAUUGUUAACUGCACCGAGCUGGUUACCUAUGAUUUCAUCAAGGAUACACUCCUUAAGUCCACUCCCCUGACAGAUAAUCUACCCUGCCACUUCCUAUCAGCCUUUGGUGCAGGGCUUUGCACAACAGUGAUCGCCUCCCCGGUCGAUGUAGUCAAGACAAGAUAUAUGAACGCUGCUCUCGGCCAGUACAGCAGUGUCCUCAAUUGUGCUGCUGCCAUGAUGACCAAAGAGGGACCACUUGCCUUUUAUAAGGGGUUCAUGCCAUCUUUCUUGCGCCUGGGCUCCUGGAACGUGGUGAUGUUUGUGACCUACGAGCAGCUGAAACGGGCCAUGAUGGCAGCGCAUCACAACCGCGCGGCAAUACUAUAAACGCUGUUAGGAGGCUGAUGUGUAGC